UUUUGUUGUUAAGAACAGGAUUUCCCUGCUGGCAGACCCCUGGGGCAGGGCCUCACCACUAGUCAGCAAUGGCCUAGUUGGUAGCCUGUACGGGGGGUGAGGCCUUCCUGAGCUGCACAGAUUACUCACUUUCCUUGAGGGCUACUGGUUUAGGGUGGGAGACCUUACUGGGGGGUUACCCCAGGCUUGGGGCCCUACAGUAGGUCUGCUGUGAGGCUGGCUGCUCUUGGACCUUGCUAUCUUUCCACUGCAGGGAGACGGACCCUUCCUGGCAGACUGGUAUACAUGGGACCUUGAACAUAUAAAUUCAGAAACCUGCAGUCUUAAUCAUCGUGAAUUGUUUUAAAAGUUUCUUCAGCCUUUUUCUUCAUAUUACCCGGAUAUAUUUUUUGGAGAGAUUCACUCCUAAACUACAGAGCCACAUCUUCCAAUGCCCAAAAAUAGCAAGGUGGCCAAAAGAGAAUUAGAUGAUGAUAUCAUUGAGUCUGUCAAAGAUCUCCUUUCCAAUGAAGAUUCUGCUGAUGAUGCUUUUAAGAAGAGUGAACUAAUUGUUGAUGAUCCAGAAGAAAAAGACAUGGAGAGUGAAGAAAAAGAUUCUGAGAGAGAAAAAAAUGAAGGUGAAAGGCCAGCUUGGAGUAGCAAGCUGCAGUAUAUCUUGGCACAAGUUGGAUUUUCUGUUGGUUUAGGGAAUGUGUGGAGAUUUCCAUAUUUGUGUCAGAAGAAUGGAGGAGGUGCAUAUCUCAUUCCAUAUUUAGUAUUGUUGCUGAUAAUAGGCAUACCACUUUUUUACCUGGAACUUGCUGUUGGGCAAAAAAUUCGCAGAGGAAGUAUUGGUGUGUGGAAUUUUAUCAGCCCUAAACUGGGUGGAAUUGGAUAUGCAAGUUGUGUAGUGUGUUUCUUUGUGGCCCUCUACUACAAUGUAAUUAUUGGCUGGAGUUUGUUCUAUUUUUCACAGUCUUUUCAACAUCCUCUUCCAUGGAAUGAGUGCCCUCUGGUGAAAAAUGCUUCUCACACUUUUGUGGAGCCAGAAUGUGACAAAAGUUCUGCCACUAUCUAUUACUGGUAUAGAGAAGCCUUGAAUAUUUCUGACUCCAUUUCGGAAAGCGGGGGCCUCAACUGGAAGAUGACUCUCUGCUUGCUGUCUGCUUGGGUUUUGGUGUGCUUGGCAAUGAUCAAAGGAAUUCAAUCUUCCGGCAAAAUCAUGUAUUUUAGUUCUCUCUUCCCAUAUGUGGUACUCAUAUGCUUUCUAAUCAGAGCACUGCUUUUAAAAGGUUCAAUUGAUGGCAUCCGUCACAUGUUUACCCCUAAGCUUGAAAUAAUGUUGGAGCCCAAGGUCUGGAGAGAAGCUGCCAUUCAGGUGUUUUUUGCCUUAGGGCUGGGAUUUGGUGGAGUCAUUGCCUUCUCAAGUUACAACAAGAGAGACAACAACUGCCAAUUUGAUGCUGUCUUGGUGUCCUUCAUCAAUUUUUUCACUUCUAUCCUGGCUACGUUGGUAGUGUUUGCUGUUCUGGGCUUCAAAGCAAACGUCAUAAAUGCGAAAUGCAUUAUCGAAAAUUCUGAGAUAAUUACUAAGCUUCUGAAAACGGGCAAUAUUAGCCAACAUCUACUUCCUAUUCAUAUCAACUUGUCAGAUAUAACUCCUCAAGAUUAUCAUUUAAUUUAUGACAUCAUUAAAAAGGAGAAAGAAGAGGAAUUCCUUGCCUUUCACCUUAAUCCCUGUCAAAUUGAAGAUGAGCUUAAUAAAGCUGUACAGGGAACAGGGUUAGCCUUUAUUGCUUUCACUGAAGCAAUGACCCAUUUCCCUGCCUCUCCCUUCUGGUCGGUGAUGUUCUUUCUCAUGCUCAUAAACCUAGGACUCGGAAGCAUGUUUGGGACCAUUGAAGGCAUCAUUACACCAGUUGUUGAUGCCUUCAAAAUUAGGAAGGAAAUACUUGCCGUUGCAUGUUGUCUUCUAGCAUUUUUACUUGGUCUGAUAUUUGUGCAACGUUCUGGAAAUUAUUUUGUCUCAAUGUUUGAUGAUUAUUCUGCUACCUUGCCUCUAUUGGCUGUGGUCAUUUUGGAAAAUAUUGCUGUGUCGGUGGUUUAUGGAAUAGACAAGUUCAUGGACGAUCUGAAGAAUAUGCUGGGCUUUGCUCCUUACAGAUAUUACUACUAUAUGUGGAAAUAUGUGUCUCCUCUAGUGCUAUUUAUAUUAAUGAUCGCCAGCAUGGUUCAAAUUCUAUUAAGUCCACCUGGUUAUAAUGCAUGGAUAAAAGAGAAGGCCAUUGAAAAAUUUUUGCACUUUCCACCUUGGGGCCUGGCCCUCUGUAUAUGUCUGAUGGUAAUGGCAAUACUUCCUGUCCCGAUUGUCUUCAUUGUUCGCUACUUCAAACCUCUUGAGGACAAUUCUGUCAAUUUAGCAUCUGUGAGCUAUACGAAAGGACGGAUCAUUAAAGAACCUUCUAAUUUGGAAGGAGAUAAUGACAGCCUCAUUCACGGAAAGAUAGCAAGUGAGGUGCCUUCUCCAAAUAUGAGUAAUAAUAUUUAUCGAAAGCCAAAUGGUUCUCCAACUCGUGACACAGCUCCCAAUGGACGGUAUGGAAUAGGGUACUUAAUGGCAGACAUGCCCAAAAUGCCAGAAUCUGACUUGUAGCUUGAGAACAAAACAAAACAAACAAAAAAACAACUCACCUUUUAUUUAAUUUUUGUCACUGAACAUUGGCUCUGUUAAGAGAAGCAACAGAGGUGUCACUUAUCAGAGUGCGAUCUCAGGUGUUCCAUGUCUCCAAUCUUUAAUCCCAACAGUACAUGAUACAGUCAACCGGAGCAACCCCUUUGGGUUCUUUGGUUUACAUUUGCACUGAAGGGAUUAUUAACAAAUCUUUCUAAUGACCUAGUUUCUUCAUAUUAUCAAAGUUUUUUUUUUUAAAUUCUCUCAAUUGUAUUUUAAAAUAUUUCUAUCUUUAAAGAACAGGUGUUACCUCAGUUUGUAAUAAUAACUGGAUUUAAUAAUAUUGAUAGUUCACAAAUAAUGUACCUUAAAAAAAUCAUCCUUUUGCCUUCAGGGUAAAUCCCCAGUAUUCAAACAAGCUCCUAAGCUGUUCAUUAAGUUUGUGUAUCUUUGCACAGCUCUAUAGGUAUAUUAUGUAGAUAAGGGUGUACUUAUUUUGUUAGAUGUUGAGGGAUAUAGGCAAUUUGCUUGAAGAAACCUGCAAAAUAUUUUCUUAUGUGAUAGAUAGUUGUAUAAAACAGUAGCAUCAGAAAAACAAGGCAACACUAAUACAAGCUAGAUUCCUGGGUCCACUCGGGACUGUAUGAGUUGUAGCUGUAUAUUUUGUGUAAAAAUUUGCUUUUUUUCAGUGUGAAAAUGAUGUAAGAGUGAGUCACUCAAGACUCUUUAAGGAUUGUGCAAAUAAUUUUGCAUUUUUUUCUAUUCCGUGUGCCUAAAAUCUUACUUGAUAUUUAUUGUGGUUCCAAGAUUAUCAAUAGUAUAUUUAUAUCAAUAUACUUCUAAUGUAUAUAUAUAUAUAUAUAUUAUUAGUAGUAGUACUCUAUGUACUGGUUUGAUAACUCAAAAGCAAGAUGGUCUUUAGUAAAUUUUUGUUUUGUUCAUUUUUUGAAAAAAGAAA